AUUGUAUGAAGCUUAUUCAUAUUGAUAAUGUAAAACCAACAAAGACAUUCCACCAUACUAGAAGUAGAUAUGUCGAAAUUAUCAAGUCAGAAGACUUGAUGCAAAAACAUUGGGAUCAGGAAUCAGCUGAUAAUCCAUUAUCAAUUCGAUUUCGUUGGGAUAAAUCUUUGCUGAAACAGUCACAUAGUGAGUAG